UAACAGGAAAUCAGGCCUCUGCUGGACCCUAUAAAAAUAAGAGCGGAUCCAAAGAAAAGGUGAAACAACAGUUAACGCUCACCUUCACAUUAAAACACUUUUUUAAAAACACAAAACUAUUUUAAAACUGGAGAAAGUUUGGGGUAUAAAAGGAUUGAAAAAGACAAACCUUAUUGUGUGAUUUAUCUGAGCUGGUGUUUUCAGAGGAUGAACAAACAUGUCACAGAUAUCACACCGAGAGAAACUCUCCUCUCUGGUCACACUCCAUUUCGAUCCUCGUGGGCUUUUAUUUUGAAGUGAUCAUCGGAACCGACUUCCUGCUUCUUUCUUGACCCCUGUCCCAAAGUUUGUGCGCGUGACUUCGUUCAGCGUCUGGGUAUGUGCGCGUGUCACUGUGAGAGAAUCGUUGCCCCUGGUUACCCGGUGAUUGGCAGGUCGUCAGUCAAUAAGCCUUUGGCGCCAUCUCGUGGUAAAAACAGCUUCCGGCCGUACAAUCAUAGAAAUGUUUUUAUAAAGGCGUUUUCUCUUUUCUUGUUUUCUUUGACAAUUCCUCAUAAAACACACCGGACAAGAAAUUCCCCAGGUUUCCGCUGUUCAUUUUCAGUUUUUUUUUUAAACUUUCAGCGUAUAUUCUCUGUGUUGAUACUUUGCCGGAACGAAUCCAUAAACCCGCCCAGAUAACCAGAUUUCUACAUUUCUAUUUUUAUAUUUGUAUAUUUUUAUGUUUGCAUUUUUUACUUCUAUGUUUAUAUUUUUAUAUUUCUAUGCUUCUACAGUAUAUUACGGUGGCCUGGAAGUACAAAACACAAGAGAAAGAGAAGAGAGAGAAAACACGACAGCAAAUCAAAACACAAACGCAAAAGAGGAAACACAACCACAAAUCACAAAACGCAACUGCAAAUCACAAAACACUACAGCAAAUCACAUAUGCAAACGCAAAAAAGAAAACGCAGCUGCAAGUCACAUAUGCAAACGCAAAAAAAGAAAACGCAACCGCAAUCACAUAUGCAAAUGCAAAAAAAGAAAACGCAACAGCAAAUCACAUACGCAAACGCAAAAAAGAAAACAGGACAGCAAAUCACAUAUGCAAACACAAAAAAAAAACACAAAAGCAAAUCACAUAUGCAAACGCAAAAAAGAAAACACAAAAGCAGAUCACAUAUGCAAACGCAGAAAGAAAACGCAACUGCAAAUCCCAAAACACGACAGCAUCGUCUGUCUUCUUCUUCGUUGUAGUUCAAUGGCAGUUUACUCCGCUGGGGGUGGAGAACUACCUCCACCUGCUGGAUUGAUGUCGGAACGGGAAAGUAAGCACUUGAAUCGACUCGUCUGUCCUUUCAAUCAAAUUAAAUCAAAUCAAACUUUAUUUAUAUACCACUUUUCAGGCAAAAAGAAAUGCAGCACAAAGUGCUUUACAAUUUAAAACAAUGAGCCCCCCCAUAUCCAGCCCGCCACCCCACCCCCACAACCCUCACCGAGAGCCCACCCCAACACACACACACACACACACACACACACACACACACACACACACACCGAUAAUGCAAUCUUAAAAGCGUGUGGCUGAGUUCAGAGGAGCCAAGUCAGGAAACGUCAGGAGGCCGACUGCACUGGAGGCUGCUUACGGCCCAGGGCCAGGACACCUCCACCCGGGUGCGCAACCCGCUACAAGCCAGUAAGGGGCCACAGCAGCAAGCACUGCUGCAGACCACCAUCUGGCCGAGCUGAGUGCACACCACAAGGCAGAGAAACCCUAGACAGAGCCAGUCACAGCCUCCAGUGCAGGCGGUCCCCCUACUGAGGAAACACUGGAGAAUUGCAAUAAAAACAUUAACUAAAUCAGCUAAAAACAUCAAACUAGAUAAAAUUAUAAGAUACUGAUAAAUAGCUAAAAUACCAUUUAAAAAAUAAGUAAAUAAAUAAAUAUAAUAAACAUAACGUAAAAUGAGGACUAAAAUUUAUAAAUGAACUAAAAUAAGAUAAAAAUAGGAUAAAAAUAUAGAUUAAAAAUAAGACAUUAGUUAAAAGCCAAAUUAAAUAGGUGAGUCUUGAGCCUACUCUUAAAAAUAUGAAAAUUCUCUGCGGCCCUAAGGUCCUCCGGCAGGCUAUUCCAAAGACGGGGGCCAUAGUGCUGGAAAGAUGCCUCACCGUAAGUUCGUGUUCUCACUUUGGGGACUAUUAAAAGGCCAGUGCCAGAGGAUCUCAGGGUCCGCGAGGGUUCAUAUUGUAAAAGCAAUUCUGAAAGAUAUGAAGGUCCAAGACCCCUAAGACAUUUAAAAACCAUUAAAAGGACCUUAAAAUCAAUCCUUAAGCACACAGGGAGCCAAUGCAGUGAUUUUAAAACCAGUGUAAUAUGUGCCCGCCUUCUGGUCUUUGUCAGCACACGUGCUGCUGAGUUUUGCAACAGUUGUAAACUCACAAUGUUUCUUUUUGGAAGACCAGAAAGCAGGGCGUUACGAUAGUCAAGAUGACUGGAGAUAAAAGCAUGCAUUAGCGUCUCCGUGUUAGCCCGGGAGAGAAAGGGGCGGACUCUGGCUAUAUUCUUUAAAUGAUAAAACCCUGUUUUUGUUAUAUUUUUAAUAUGUGGAAUAAAAGUCAGCUCAGAGUCAAAGAUGAUGCCCAGAUUCUUUACCUGAUUUGAUGGAAUUAAAGACAGGGUUUUCAGUUUUGUUAAAAGUUUCUCUCCCUGAGCCUUAGGAUCGAUAAUUAAAACCUCAGUUUUGUCCUGGUUGAGCUGUAGGAAGUUUUCUGCCAUCCAGGAUUUAAUGUCUUGGAUACAGCUAAAAAGGGCAUCGAUUGGCUCUGUGUCAUCAGGAGACAUGGAUAUGUAGAGCUGUGUGUCAUCAGCAUAGCUGUGAAAAGUGAUACCAUGCCUCCUGAUGACAUCUCCCAGUGGGAGCAUAUAUAAAUUAAAAAGUAUGGGGCCUAAAAUUGAGCCUUGGGGCACACCACAUUUAAUGCUAUGAAUCUUUGAAGAGCAUGUGUCCAAACUUACAAGAAACUUUCGAUCUGUGAGAUAGGAGUGACCCGGAAAGACGUGAACCGCGGUUGACAGUCGGUGAUGAUGUAUUGCCGAUAUUGUGGCAAAGAGCUCCCGAGACAACCCAACUUUUGCAGCAGUUGUGGGAAAAGGCUGCAAGAAGCAGAUGGAUGCAGUCCAUCAAGUAAGUUAAGGGAUGUUCAAUUAAUGUGUUCUGCUAUUUUCGCUUUCGGUGUCCAUGUUCAUGUUUACUUUCCCGUUCUGACAUCCAGCAGAUGGCAGUAGUACACCACCCCAAGCGGCGUGAACUGCCAUUAAACUCCAACAAAGAAGAAGAAGAAGACAGACGGUGCUGUCGUGUUUUGGGAUUUGCGGUUGCGUUUUCUUUUUUGCGUUUGCAUAUGUGAUUUGCUGUUGUGUUUUCUUUUUUGUGUUUGCAUAUGCGAUUUGCUGUCGUGUUUUGUGAUUUGCAGUUGUGUUUUGUGAUUUGCGGUUGCGUUUUCUCUUUUGCGUUUUCUCUUUUGCUGUCGUGUUUUGUGAUUUGCAGUUGCGUUUUGUGAAUUGUGGUUGCGUUUUGAUUUGCUGUCGUGUUUUCUCUUUUGCGGUUGUGUUUUGCACUUCCAGGCCACCGUAAUUUUUGUAUCUAUGUUUUUAUAUUUCUAUGCUUCUACAUUUCUUUUUUUUGUUUCUAAGUUUAUACUUCUAUGUUUAAAUUUUAAACGAUGGAAUUAAAUAAAUAUAUUAAUAGAUAGAUAAUUAAAUAAAUACGUAAAUAAGUGAGUUUUACAGUCAGUAAGCAUUAUAAAACCUAGGAAGAUUUUUUAUUUACAAACAUUAUCUCUCCUAAUUCUAAAACAACUUUCUUAUUUAGAAAAAAUAGAGCAAAAGUAAAGUGUACGCAAUAUAAGAAAUAAAUAAGUUGAUAGACAAAUAAAUAAAUAUGUGUUAGUUCUCAAAAAUAUCUGCGUCCACACGUAGCCUUCAAACUCAAUCCUAUCUGGUGUCGCUUAAAAAAAAUUCAGGAACAAAGCUACCUGAUUGGCUGAUGAAUCGGAAGUUUAGCUUCCACUCAUCUGCAGGCACAGCCCCUCUAAUGAAGUUGUCCCACCACUUGCUGGUCCGACUGAGUUUGACCCAAAACUUACUCUUCUGGCGAACUCUAAAACGCCUAACGUUAACGUUACGAUUGCUCUCCAAUAAAAGUAUUGGGCGCAGCAGACGCCUCUGUGAGCUGGCUGACUGGUGGAUGUAAUUGUACAAAACAAGGUUCACUUGCAAGGCUGAAAUUAGCCCCAAAAGGGCAAAACUAACGUAAAGAAUACCCUGUAUGUCCACCAUUGUUGUUGUUGUUUUUCUUUUUAAUUCGCAUGCGCAAGCUGCGGUUUGACGUCAUCGAUCCGUAAAAGUUUAACCACACGAAUCCACUUACACGGAUAUUCUUUUAUUUCUCCACUUGUUUUUUCGGAUUCAGAUUUAUCUGGUUUGAGUUUUCCAAACUCCUGUUUUGGUGUGGUAGGGAGGCCUAAUCGGACAUAAAUAUGUGCGGUUUGAAAUAUAUCUGCAUUUGUGUAGUUGGGGCCUUAAUACAUUAAUAAAAAUUUAAUCAAAAUGACCAAAUGAAGGAAUAAAUAAAAAUAUCAUUAAACAUAAAGCUAACUACCAUUCACCAAACAAAGAACAUUCUGCUUUGUUUUCGGCAUAAAAAAGACAAUUAUCUGAACAUUAUGAGAACAUUCUGAAUUUUGCUAAUAGUACAAUCUUUCUGCUGAUUUGUGAGUUUAAAAACUUCUCUAUUCAGAUUUUUUCAUUUUAUUUUUUAUCCAGACCAUAUUCCCAUGAUUUUAAAAUAGUUAAUGAGUUAAUGCAGAAAAAAUAACUGAGAAAUGCAACAGCAAUAUUCAACUUUAUUUUUCCACCUUAUGCUGAUCUGUUUGGUAGUCUCUGUAGAAUUAGCAGUAAAAUCCCGAAAAUGUUCUGUGUGAGCAGAAUAAAUCAGAACUUGUCUGCUCGUGUCUGUUAGCAGGUUCUCUGUAGCUCUUACAGAGGGAAACAGUUCUGUUUGUAUCUCUGAGUUCAUUAUAUUGAAUCUAAACCGUGUUCUGUUACAGUGAACACAAAUAGAACAGCCACAGGUGAGAUUCUGAUGAUGCUAACAAACCUAUAUGUGAUGUUAAGCUGCUAAGCUAGCUAACAAUCGUUAAAGCUUCGCCGUCGGUGAAGGUAAAGGUAAACUAACGCUGCCGUUUAAAAGUUAAUAUAGUUAAUAUCACAGAGGGUGUAGUACAUUCUGGUAAACAGUAAUAUAUCGCUGUGUUCACGUUGUUAGCAUUAGCUCAAGCCAUCAAAUGAAACCUUAGUGGUGUCUAUAUAACAAGCUAACGCUAGCUCGUUAACUCGCCGUUCCUGUUGGAGCGAGAACAGCAGCGAAUCCCCCUAAAUGAAAACACGAACUCAACAUUUCACCAUUUUUCAGCACAAUUAGAACAAUUUAUCAAAGAGAGCUACAUUAGCCUAUGUUAUUGUGACAUUUCCUUAAAUUCGGCUCUAAGUUUAACCACAAAACAGUUUAGAACUAUAUUUUAAUGCUUAGUGCGUUUCCUAGUAUGAGGCGCCACGAAGAAAAAUAACGGUGAUGGAUGGAGUUUGUUGUUGUUAAGCCUAAGUUUUAAAAUCAUUCCUUUAUUAUUAUGUCGCACAGUGAAAGAAAAUAUAGAUUUUUACAUUUUUGAACAUUUAGUCUUUCUCUUUGUCUUAGUUAUCAGGGUAUUUUCUGUGUCUGUGGUAAUUAGCCAGUAGGUGUACGGGAUUUGGUCCAUCUGUGUUUUCCUGACCUCACGGUUUGUCUUCCAGUAGCAAAUGAAUCAGAGGAUGGAUUCAUCCAAACCAAAGUCGUUUUUCCUGAGAAGUACCACAGCAGUUUCUCUCAAUGAGCGGUGAGACACACAGGGGAAAUAUGCAGCACUAUAUAAUAAUUCACCGGUGUGAUUACUAAAAUACUAAAGUGAACUAGUCACCCAGGUUAAAUUUAACUUCAAUACAAGUACAGAUACCUACCAGUCUGUAUAUAUACAUUGAAGUGACAGUACUUUAUUGAAAAGUACCUCAAGUCCCUGUCUCAUCUGUUUUAAAACCUGUUACUGGCAUCAAAUCUAAAAUGAGCAGAUUUUUUAUUAAACAUUUUUCAGUGCCAAUAUUUGGUACAAAGUUUCUGCUCUGUUUUAAUUAACGAUUGGCUUUAACAGAUGGAAACUUGUGGAUUUGGGGUCACACAAAAAUUAAUUAUAAACGAUCACUCCAUUUUUCUGCCUUGUGACAUCUGCCAUCACCAACUUGUCUUUUAUUUCAUGAUAUCAACCAGCUCAACCCUAAAUCUAAAAACAGAGAUAGGUACAUGGUGUGACUCCUCUCUGCAGGUUCUCUCAGGUGCAGGUGGACCAGCUGACCCAGCCCAUGACUAUGACCUUUGACCCCGUCCUGCUGCAGCACAGGGGACAUGAUGAUGCUCCAAAGAUGGUCCUGCUGGUGUCGAGAAAGCAGCUGAUGCCUUUGCGCCUGCAGUUAAGUCUUAAAAAAGUAUGAGGCAGGGAGGGCAGCAGCAAAGACCCCCAGGCUCUAUUCUGAAAGCCCCCUGCCCUCCCAUGUGUGUGUGUAUGUGAAACACAAACGCACCUGCAGAGCUACAGACCAAUGACAGGUCACCCGUACUCACCUGUAAACUCCCGCCUCUUUCUCUAAUGAUGACACAGACUGGUGUUUCAUUGCUGAGGAUGAGGAGGAAGAAAAGUGUGUGGACCCGACUCGGCUGGCUGAGGCCAACUCGGCGUUUCUCGUCUGGCAGAGCUCGAGGUUUCUGGAGCUUCAUGAAGAAAUACAGAUGGAAAACCAGGUUCACCUCCACCUACAGGAGUAAGUUUAUAAUUCACUGCAGUGACUUUUUAAAGAACAUUUUAUAAUGAUGAGCAUUAUAAACUUUAACCUUGACCUUUAAUAUGAAGAAAAGAACAGAAAAGAUGGUGAAGAAAUAAGAGAAAAACACGAAAACAGACAGGAGCGACAUGAACGUCAGGACAGCGACAAUAACGUCAGCAACAGUGAACUUUAAAGAUGAAGAACAGGAGGUGUGAUAUAACCUUGUGUGUGUGUGUGUGUGUGUGUGUGUUACCUGUGCAGGUGAAGGAAACCUGUGCCAUCGACUGGGGCAGCGUCACUACCAGACAAAGAGAGUCAUCCAGAGGCUGACUGCAGGUCAGUUCAUCAUCAGAGAACCUGGAGCAGGUUUUGAUGAACACUGUACCUGUGACCACACCUGUACAGUGUCCUUUAAUUUGUUAACAGUCGGAGUAAAAGAAACGCUUCAUUUCAGGGGAUUUGUUCACUGACCGUGCUGUGACUGAUCUCAUCAGCUUUAGCAAAUUUCUAAGAUUUUGUCUUUAGACUGAAAUGUUUUUCAGUUUUCGUCUCAGUUCAGUCGGUUCGGCCCUCUAUAGGUUUUAGUCAAUAUUCAGACAAUAUGUUUCUGUUUUUAAACUGUUAACCAAUCAGAAAUGAGCACGUAGUCCUUUAAAUCUUCACCCUGGUAACACUUAAACUUAUAAAGUGACCCUGAUGAUAAGAUGAGUCUCUUUCUGAAUUAAGGACAUUAAUGAUCUCAAUGACAAACUGAAUGACAGGGUCAGUUUAAGCUAAAAUGUUUUCAAUGAAAAAGUCUUUUCAGUGUAAAAUCAAAUAGUGAAAUAAAGUUAGAAAUCUGGGCGGAGAAUUCAGGGAUUGGUGCACACACAGAGCACAGGUCUACUGGAUCUGGACCAUCUCUGAAACACUCUGAUCCUCUCCAGAUAUCCCACAGAGACUCACCUGUGUUUUUAUAUCUUUGUCCUCUAGACCCUGAAGAAGGAGCAGAUUUAGACAAACCGUCCCCACUCUGUCCUAGAAAAACUGUAGGCUGGAGUCAGUGAUCACCUGUCUGUCCUCUCCUGCAGGUUACACACAGCCCAGCAUGCACCUGCAGAGGGGCGGGGCCAAGACCCUCAAGAGGUCAGGCUGGAACAGGACAAAACCCAUACCGACCAGGAGGCAGCUGGACACGGAGCUGGACAAGUACAUGUCUCUGUCCAAGAGACGGCUCGACCAGCAGCUGGACGAGUACAUGUCCAAGUCUAAGAGCCGACUGGACGCCGAUCUGGACGAAUACAUGUCCAUGGCUGCAAACAUGGACCUCAACUGGGACGGAGGGGGUGGGGACACUGACUCCAUCCUGGGCGAAGGGAAUGGAGACACUGACUUCACCCUGGACUGAGGGGGCGGGGACACUGACUUCACCCUGGACUGAGGGGGCGGGGACACUGACCUAAGUGGGAACUGAGGGGGAGGGGACACUGACCUGAGUGGGGACUGAGGGGGCGGGCAUGUGUUGAAGUGUUGAAUCUGUUAGCCGCGAGCACGUUCUGGGUUAAUAAGGUGGUGGUCAGUGAAGAGUUAAAGUUGGGGGUCAGAUUGAUCAGGUAAAGGUUGAAACUCUGUGUUUUGUUCUCAGGUUUUUUCAGGUGCUGGGUUCACCUGUCGUUGAGUUGUCCAAUCAGGACUUGUCUGAUCAGCUGUGGGUACUUCACUGACCCCUGUCUUUGUUGGAAUCUUGUAAAUUUGUCUGUUUCUGAACCUUUGUUUAAAAAAGUUUGAUUAAUAAAAGUUUCUUGGUUAACUCCA